CCGGCUCCAUUGGCCAGUCUGUGGGCAACUGUCGUUCCGGGCAAUAGUCAGUUCCAAGUGAAGCGCUCCACGAUGCGAAAGAGUUGCCUAGUUCUGUGCUCACUGGCACUCCUGGUUAUCCAGGUUCGAGGUGACCUGGCCGACGAGCAGGAAAAUGCUCAACAUCCACGUUUGAUUUCAUCACGAGACUUCGAGGCCCUCAACGAGGAGCUGGACACACGUUUCUGGCACGAUAAGGCCCAGUCGAUUCUGGCCGAUAAGGUGGCCAAGUACAAGAAGCUCAACGAGAACCGUGCCAAGAACGUGAUCUUGUUCCUGGGCGAUGGCAUGUCCGUUCACACGGUCACCGCCACGCGGGCCUUCAUGGGCGACAGCAACAUGCAGGUGUCCUUCGAGAAGUUCCCCUACCUGGGCCUGUCCAAGACCUACGCCGUAAACGAGCGCACUCCCGACUCGGCCAACACAGCCACGGCCUAUCUGACCGGAGUGAAGGCCAACUACGGCACCAUCGGCGUGAAUGCUCAGGUCCAGCGAGCCGACUGUGAGGCUGCCACUACGAACAGCACCCACGUCCAGAGCAUCGCUCAGUGGGCUCAGGAGGCCGGCAAGUGGGCGGGUCUGGUGACCACCGCCAGGGUGACCCACGCCUCGCCAGCUGGCGUCUACGCCCAUGUCGCCGAUCGGAACUGGGAGCACGAUGGUGAGAUUGUGAGCUCCGGUUGCAGUGCCGAGAAGAACACGGACAUUGCCCGCCAGUUGGUGGAGUGGCCGGUCGGUCAGGAGCUGCGCGUCAUUAUGGGAGGUGGCCGGUCCUAUUUCCGUGACCGAACCAUGCACGAUGAGACCGGAGUUUCGGGCCUCCGCACCGACGGUCGUGACUUGAUCCAGGACUGGCAGGACAUCAAAAGGGAGCAGGGCGCUGAGGGAAAAUAUGUCUGGUCUCUGAAAGGCCUGCUGGAAACGGAUUUGAACAAAACCGAUUACCUCCUGGGACUCUUCGACACCUCGCAUCUGCCGUACCACGGCGAUCGCCAGAGGACCCAUUGGGAAAGCGCCGAGCCUUCGCUGUCCGACAUGACAGCGUCGGCCAUCAAUAUGCUGAGCAGGAACGACAAGGGCUACUUCCUGUUUGUGGAGAGUGGCAGGAUCGACAUGGCCCACCACGCCACCCAGGCCAAGAAGGCGCUGGAGGAUACCCAGGAGUUUGCUGCCGCCAUUGAAAUGGCUAGGAAAAUGACCGACCUGGAGGACACUCUCAUCGUGGUGACCUCAGAUCACUCGCACACCAUGUCCAUCAAUGGUUAUCCGUACCGUCGUCAGAACAUCCUGUCCUUGGCUCCCAACUUGGCGGAUGACGAGCUGCCCUUCACCAUUCUCUCCUACGCCAAUGGACCUGGUUUUGCCGACACUUUCAGCUCUGCAAGUGGCCGCGUCGAUCUCUCCCAUGUAGACACCACCAACCCGGAGUUCGAGUUCCAGGCAACCGUUCCUCUGAGCAGCGAGACCCACGGAGCCGAGGAUGUAGGCGUCUUUGCAUCGGGUCCCUUCGAGCAUCUGUUCACCGGAAACUUCGAGCAGAGCAGCAUCCCCGCCAUGAUGGCCCAUGCGGCCAACAUUGGUCCCUUUGCCAAGGACAAACUGGAUGAUUAGCCGAAAUAAAGUCUCAUUAUGGAAUA